GCCGAAGUGAGUUAGGACACUUUUCUCCAUCCUAGAGAUGGCGUUCCAAUACCCAUGAUUAAGCAGAAAAAAAAGCGAAAGAAAGGAUGCGAGGCCCUUCAAUUCAACCCUCUUUUCUGGACCGCGAUGUUUAUUCUUCGCUCGAAAUGAGUUAGGAUAUAUAUUCUUUGUUUUUGAGUAAUUCAUAUGUCUGGAUCACUGACUUUCUACUGGAGGUUCGGAUAAGGUGUUGGUGCCUCCUCUCCGUCCAUCCAUCCAUUCAUCCAUCCAUCUAACGCAGGGACGGGGCGAGGAAGGUGGAGGGGCCGCGGCGAUGGCUGCUGGGGGAGGUGGAGGAGGAUGCGGGGAGUCGGUGGAUCAUUACCGGGCGGAGGUGGAGCGGCUGACCCGCGAGCUCGUGGAGGCGAACCGGGAGAAAGUCCGGGCGGCAGAGUGUGGUCUGGUGGUGCUGGAGGAGAACCAGACCCUCAAACAGCAGUAUGCGGAGCUGGAGGCCGAGCAGGAGACCUUAAGACAGGAGCUGGAGCAACUGCACGAGGCCUUCAGCCAGGUGUACACCACCCAGAGGAAGGUGGCUGAAGAUGGGGAGACCAACGAGGAGACGCUGCUACAGGAGUCGGCCACUAAGGAGGCAUACUACAUGGGCCGUCUGCUGGAGCAGCAAGCCGAAUUGAAGAACAGCCGAUCUCAAGCGUCCUGCACACAUGUGGAGAACGAGAGACUCACAGCUAUCCUGCAGGAAUUCAGAGAGAGUAAUGAGAUGUUGGAGCUGCAGAGGAAUCGGAUGAGAGAGGAGAUCAGAGAGUAUAAAUUCAGAGAGGCCCGACUCCUGCAGGACUACACUGAACUGGAAGAAGAGAACAUCUCGCUGCAGAAACUGGUUUCCACGCUUAAACAGAACCAGGUGGAAUAUGAAGGCUUGAAGCAUGAAAUCAAAGUUCUGGAGGAGGAGACAACCCUGCUCAACAGCCAAUUAGAAGAUGCGCUGCGCUUGAAGGACAUCUCCGAGAGCCAAUUGGAGGAGGCCUUGGACGCUCUGAAAGGCGAGCGAGAGCUUAAGAAUACCCUGAGGAAGGAAUUAGUUCAUCAUCUUACCAUGUGCGAUGGGGCUUUCAGUUCAGGCUGUGCCCAUCUGAUCGCCAUGAGCUCAGCGUCACCUAGUGGCAGUGCCACCCCGACAGCUGCGACCUCGCCCAGCAGUGAGGAUGGGGGCAAAUGCAACGGGCAUCUGCUCCAGGGUGCGACAGGUUCGACGCUAAACCGACUGAAUGGAGAAUUUAGGACAUCGGCUUUGAGGAAGAGUGGAAUUUUAACCCCUGAUCUCUUCAGUGAACUCAACGGACCUGAGAUCCAGAAACUCAAACAGCAACUCCAACAGAUCGAGCGAGAAAAAGCAUCUUUGGUAAACAGCUUGCAGGAAUCGCAGGCCCUGCUCCGUCACACACAGGGGGCCCUUGCGGAACAGCACGAGAGGGCCUGUCGCCUGGAUGAGCGAUUCCGAAAACUCCGCCGCCGCAAGGAAUACAAGGAGGAAGACAAAGAUGAAGAGGAGGAGACCACGUAUGUCCCAGGGGACCAGGAGGGUCCCAGUCUGGAGUUGUUGCAGUGUAAAUACAGGGUCGCGUUGACAGAGGUGGUUGGACUGAAGGCGGAGCUUAAGGAGGUCAAAGAAAGAUUUAACGAGUGUGUGGAGGCGAGAGCGCGGGCUGAAGAGCAAGGCCAGGCGCAAUUGCAGGCGCUAGAGAAUCAGGUGGCACAGUUGGAGCGCAGCUGCAGGGAUGGCCGGGAAAAGGUGGUGAAUCUUGAACGUGAGCUGCAGGCAGCCAAUAACACGGCGUUGGAAACCCAUGGAAUUCUCGGUACAGCGCAAGACGAGCUGGCGACAUUUAGCGAAGAAUUAGCGCAACUUUACCACCACGUCUGCCUGUGCAACAACGAGACACCCAAUCGUGUUACGCUGGACUACUACCGGCAGGGCAGGACCCCAACGCGCAUGUCCAGCGCUGGUCUCAAGGUGCAAGACGAUCACAGAGUGCUGUUGACGCCGCGGCUAGCACGGCGUUUAGCGGCUAUUAAUGCCGCAACGUCAGAGUCGCAUAGCCCAUCCGACUCACCAUCCAAAGAGCCCCACACCGCAGAGCAGAGCCAGGUCCGUACACCACUGGGCUCGCCCAUCAUUAGUGCCUCUUCCUCUUCGUCAUCUUCAUCCCCAGCACCCGAGUCGUCCAUGGGAUCUGACCUGCGUCGCGAGCCUACCAACAUCUACCACCUCAACGCCAUCAUUCGGGAUCAGAUCAAACAUCUCCAGAAGGCGGUGGACCGUUCGCUACAGCUAUCCCGCCAGAGAGCAGCAGCUAGCGAGCUCGCUCCAUUGAUGGACAAGGACAAGGAGGCCUGUAUGGAGGAAAUUCUUAAACUCAAAUCCCUCCUGAGCACCAAGAGAGAGCAGAUCGCAACCUUGCGUCUUUUACUCAAAGCCAACAAGCAGACGGCUGAGGUGGCCCUGGCCAACCUGAAGAGUAAAUACGAGAAUGAGAAGACCAUGGUGACAGAGACCAUGAUGAAGCUGAGGAACGAGUUGAAAGCCUUGAAAGAGGAUGCGGCGACCUUCUCUUCCCUCAGAGCCAUGUUCGCCACACGCUGUGAUGAGUAUGUUACUCAGUUAGACGAGAUGCAGAGACAGCUUGCGGCAGCAGAAGAUGAGAAAAAGACGUUGAACUCUCUUCUCCGCAUGGCCAUCCAACAAAAACUUGCACUCACCCAGAGACUAGAAGAACUGGAGUUCGACCAGGAGCAGUCUCACCGUACCCGCGUAGGCAAGACAUCCAGACUGCGGACCACCACACCCAAAGUGGAUUAUAAUGAGGAUCCUGUCUCCCCGACUCCAAAUCAGAGGCAAUGCUUGGAUUUUACACCUCAGAAGUGUGUCACACUGCCUUACCAUACCAACCGCAGCGCCGCCCUGACAUUGAGGCGAAAGCGAUACACACAGGGCACUGUGAGCUGUACAUACGCUAUGGUGUGGGGAGAGGGACACAAGCCAAAGAGGCCCAGUAUGCAUGUGUGAUCACAUGACACUCUGACAUUGUUUGAUUUGAUUGAUUUGUGUCGUUGUCCAGCAGCUUUUUGCCUUUGACGCUUCUUUACACACUACUGAAAGUGUUGAUGUUUCACAGUUUUGUCAGCUGAAUGUGAUAUCUUACAAUCAUUGAUGCGAUGUUAUAGAAAAUUUUAAGGUGAAAUUAAUAGUAGAGCAUGGGGAUGUUUUUAACUAAGAUAAAAUCUUACAAAUACUGACACUAGUAAUACUAAAAUAGAUUAUUUAAUUUGUGGAGAAUGCACUUUUAUUUAACAGUAAGUUACUAUGUUAAAUUAAAUCUUGUUCGACAGACCAAAUACAAUGUCAAAGAAACGUUCUGGUUUUAAUACAAAUCAAGCCCAUGCAACAAUAUUUGUGACAUGCUGUCAAUUACCACCAAAUAAUUAAAAAUUUCUUCAUCAGUUUGUAAUAAAACAAAAAAAAGACCUUUACAGCUAUAGCCAACACUUAGAAUGGAAGUCUAUGGGGCAAGGCAUUGCACCAGGAUAAAUGUUAAAAAACACUUUCGAAAGUAUAGCCACUAGACUUAAAGAUUAUACGUGUUAACUUGAGACUCGUGUGGUAAAAUCACUUACCAAGUGUGCAAUAUUUAAAAGGGACUGUUUGAUUAUAGAAAGGGAAUUACAUUAGUUACAUGUUCAUCCUCCUUGAAAAGUAGUUCCACCAUUGAAAGAUGAUUUAGACAACUUUACAGCUCAAUAACAUAGACUUUUUGUAUGCUAGAAUUUUCUAACAAAAACACAAACACAUUUCAGCUUUAAACCCUCUGGAAUGUCUUGCCCCAUAGACUUCCAUUGUAAGUGCAUUACUAUGAAUGCCGUGUUGGGUGGGUUUACAAACUGAGGGAUGAGUCCAAAUUGUCUGUGGUAAUCAACUGCAUAAGACAGAUACUGUUGCUAGAGCUUAACUUGUAUUAAACCCAGCCCAUUUCUUAAAAAUCUGCAGGCUAAAUGAACCAAAGCCUUUAAACACCACUAAAACACAGUUGGGAAAUGAUUGAAGACUGCACAUAUAAAUGAAAAGACUGUCCAAGAUGCAGCAAGCUUGAUUAUUUAUCCUAUUCUAAGCCUUUCUGACAAAACCCUGCAGAUUAUAUCCAUUGAAUACCAUAAACUACCUCUCUGUAAAUUUUUUGCAGAUGAAUAUACACAUCUUUCACCUGACAGGAAUGUUGCAUGCAUAAAUUUCACUCUUGUUAUACUCUACCAUCACUUAAACUUCUCUUAAUAUUUGCACUGCUGCUGAUGUUGGUAUUUUCAUGGAUUUAUAAUCUACAGUAUUCUGGAACCCAGCAGUUAUCUCAGCUGCAAGCACAAACACAAACUCGGACCAGAGCAUUCCAGUGCUGUUGGUAGUUGGUUGACUGUUAAUCUCAACUUCUCUAAACUCUAAUGUCUUAACCUGCUGUUCCAAACACACUGGACCUACUGAUAGUGAAAGUGUGGACAAUCCUUUGGGAAUGGACCUGUCGUGCUCUUGUGUACAGAUCCAUCCAGAUCAACAGUGAAUUCAUCCAAAGUAUUAACCUACCCUGCGGUGUAUUGCUUUUGUUUUAAUGUCUUGACCAUUUGUGUAUGGCACAGCAAUCUAUUAGCCUAAUUAAUAAUAAAAAAAAAUUACAAAAUUGAAAACAAAACAUUUAUCACUGAACCACUGAAAUACAGGUAGAGUCUUCUUUGUGAACAGCAAUAAAGCGUAAUGUAAGCUAAUUCUCUAUUACUGCAUAACAUUAACUGGUGUAACACUUGCAGUUUAAUGAGUAUAUAAAUAAAUUGAUUUAAUAAAACCAAAAUGAAACCACUCUGUGUCAUGACUUUUGAGAGUUUUGCGCUCUCUUGCAGACUUGAUUCUACAAGCAGACAAGCGCCAUUGUUUGU